AGUUGUUGAAAAAAAAACUAAUUUUGCACAAAAAUGAUUUAACAAAAUAUAACAAGAUUGUGAUGCGUGGCAGUUUUAUCGUUAGCUUUCUUUUUCAUGCACCGUAAAGUGUUGUAGCAACUUUAAAUCAAUUGAAAAACGUUAAUGGUUGAAGUUGAAGGUUUUCCCUGAUUUGAAAUUCUAUAUCAAAUUGCUGGGCUGUCUGUGGUUUUACAAUGCCGUCGAAGAACCCCCCAAAGCUACAACUACGCGUCUCAUUAACAAUAAGUUGUUAUUCAAGCAUUUAGUUGCAGCGACUGAAGUACUUGGAUAAAGUGUUUGCCCUUAACUGAGUAGUCGUCCCCCAUUGAUUUUCCUAUUUCUACAUGGGUCUGGUCAAUUGCGAACUUUCUAAGGAAUUGCGUGCGAACGCAGUUUGAUUUUCAACUCCGCCCGCGUAACGUGACCAACGACAAAGCCAAUUCUAACAGUCAUGGAUUCAUUUUUCAAUAUACGCAGUUUCGAUGAUGGGUCCAGCUACAAUUGCUCUGUGGCCAAUAAAACAACAGUUAUCACAAAUGCCUAUAAUGGCAUACCCGAAACCCUUAUUCUAAACGUAUCGGCCUGGGUAUUACUUAUAAUUUUAUUUACCGUAUUAAGACAUCAUGCCGGGGACUAUGGUCGUUUGGCAUUGGUGAAUAAUGGCGGCAAUCGCAAACGUUGGACUGAAAUUUUCUAUUCACGUGGAACAAGUCUGGUUGAACAACCUCAUACGUCGAGUAAUGGUGCACGCAGAGAUGAUGGGCCAUCAUCAUCGUCCGGCGCCAAUGCAAAUGGUGGCCUCGAUGAACCCCGAGGCAGUAUAACCUCACACUCGACGGCGGAUUCAACACCUUUAUCGCCCAUCAACUAUGAUCAGGGUAUCUUCUCAUGGAUUAUGAUAACCCUUAAGCUGAGAAAAGAACAAGUUCUCCUACAUACCGGUCCCGAUGCUGUUUACUAUCUCUCGUUUCAAAAGCAUUUGAUGUUGGUAAUGGGAAUAAUAACAGUUAUUUCAUUGGUUGUCAUAUUGCCGGUGAAUUUCCUCAAUGGUCCGGCCAACAAUGUCAACGAUGUGAACUCGUUUGCUCGCACUACAAUGUCAAACAUACCACCCGACUCGGCUUGGUUGUGGGUACAUGUUAUUGUGGCCAUCAUAUAUGUACCUUUGAUUGUCUUGAUUAUGCGUCGCUCCUCGGGACGUAAUGCAUUUAAAAAGGCCGCUACCCGCACCAUUAUGAUAACCAAUAUUUCACCCAAUGAUCGCAAUAAGACGGUGAUACGAAACUACAUACAGGAAUUGUUUCCCGAUGUCAGUAUCGAAGAUGUUCAAAUUGCCUAUAACAUAUCGAAACUCUAUGGAAAGAAUUCGGAAUAUGAGAGGGUAUGGGAUGCGAAAAUGUAUUGUGAACAACAUCGGGAUAGAGACAGUUUGGUGGUUCGCACACAAAUGUGUUCGUGUAAAACCGAAAAUGCCUAUGAAUAUUAUCAACGCGAAGAACGUGCCCUACAUGGCGAUGUUUGCCGACUUAGAGCCGCAGCGCUCAAUGAACCCCUGGGCAUUGCAUUCCUCACCGUCUCCACCGUACAGGAAGCCCAGAAUAUUGUAGCUCACUUUAGUCCAGGCACAUAUCGUCAAUGGGAUCUUUCGUUUGCUCCAUCACCCAAUGAUUUGUUUUGGGAAAAUCUAAAUGUCAGUCGUGGCCAUUGGAUGUUAAAGUGGGCCACAGUGAAUGUAAUUCUCUUCGUGAUAUUGUUCUUCUUAACCACGCCAGCCAUGGUGGUGAAUCUACUGAAUAGUGUCGCCUUGGCCAAGGAUAAAAUCUAUACAUUAUCACCUUUAAUAUCGGAAUUUUUACCCACUCUCAUGCUGUGGGUCUUGUCAAUACUGAUGCCUGUCAUUGUUGCUUUUUCGGACAAAUGGAUGAGUCAUUAUACCAAAUCGAAGCAGAACUAUUCCAUAAUGACCAAAUGUUUUGGAUAUUUAUUAUUCAUGAUUCUAAUACUUCCCUCGUUGGGUUUGACCUCGGCCCAGGCCUUGUUGGAGUGGUCCGUCAGUGACCAGUCGUUGCGUUGGGAAUGUUUCUUUGUACCGGAUCGUGGUUCGUUCUAUGUCAAUUAUAUUAUAACCUCUGCCUUUAUCGGUACCUCAUUGGAGUUGAUGAGAUUUCCGGAAUUGAUUGUCUACAUUUAUAUGUUGAUAACGGCCAAAUCGAAAGCAGAGACACCUUAUAUUCGGAAAUCGAUCUUGCUAGAAUUCCCCUUUGGCACCCAUUAUGCUUGGUCAACACUGGUGUUUACCAUUUCGACCGUGUACAGCGUAUUUUGUCCCCUAAUCAUGCCAUUCGCUAUGGUGUAUGUGUGCUUUAAGCAUUUUGUCGAUCGUUAUAAUCUCUAUUUUGCCUAUGGACCCUCAAAUAUGAUCUCACGUAAUGGUGGUAAAAUACAUUCGACUGCCGUGACAAUGACAAAAUUCUCAGUGGUCAUACUACUGCUAGUUAUGGCUAUGAUAUCGGCCGUAAGAGGCUCUGGCAUGGCAAGGGCCAUAAUUCUGAGUAUAACUUUAAUUAUUACCCUUACCUUGUUUACGUUCAUGUCACCCAUUAAGCGGUGUACCCAGGCACGUAGACCCAGUAUUGUUGAAAUUGCUGGUCCAACUCCGGUCUAUAUACCAGAUGUCCUAAAGCCUAGAAACGCCCACAAUUCCACACCUCUGGGACCACAUUCAUAUAAUGGUUCCGGUACAACCACGGUGCCGGCGUCAAGUAAUGCAGGAGUUGGAAUUGGUGGUGCUGCACCUGGUGUCUUUGGUGGCUAUGGUUCAGAUUCAGUAUCCGAUUUUGAUGCCAGCUCUCAGUGUAGUGUCAAUAAUGUAGAUGCCUAAAUGAUGAGAUCAUAAAGAUAGCGGCCGGUGUGUAACAAUCAAGAUACUUUAUUUUGCUCCAUUUUUCAUAGAGCAGUGGUUUCACAAUUAUGUUUUUCUAUGGAGACAUUUCCCAGGGGAAAAUUCCAAGGUCCGGUUUUCGCAUGAUUUCACAUAUUUUCAAAACACUAAAUUCACUGAAAUUUUUGAUUGAAUAAUAAAACCUUCCAAAUUCCUGUAAAAGACACAAAGUAUUUUAGGACCCACAAAAUUGUAAAUGGCCACAAAAAUUAUUUUAAAUUACAUAAUUUACCAUCCCCUGUAUUCAAUGUUAAUAUCUUUUUUUGCACAUCAGUUAUUAUUUUAUACUACUAUAUUAAAUUAGCGUGAUAUGGUUCACAACAAAGAAAAUUAUCUGUAGAGAGUACACCUUUUUAUAGUUAUUUUAUAUAUAUUUUUUCCUUUAAGUGAUUCUAUAAAAAAAGACUAGUUUUGCUAAUCUAUUUCCUCGUGAUUCUAAUUUUUUAUGAGCAAAUAUUUAUUCUUCCUUUUCCCCAUCCAAAAAAAAAAGUUCGAAACUAUUACAACAAUUUGUAAAUACUAAACUUUAUUUUAUUUUUAAGCAUCCUACAUUUGUUUUCUCAUAUCUUUCUCUAUUUUUUUUUAAUUAGAUAAUUUAAGUGAAAUUGUAAAUAGUCUACAUUUACACACACACACAAAAUAAUUAUAUGCUUAUUAUAUAAAUAUGUAUCUUAUAAUAUUUUUUCAAGAUAUAUAAUAAAGAAUAUGCUUAAGAAAUAAA